AGAUUUCAUCCCAUGAUAAUUUACUUGGAACUCCCAAAAUUUUUUGACACUUAACAGUGUGCAAAAGGCCGCUACACCGUGUUCAUUGAACUAUAUGAAAGGGCUGCCUGUGAAUUCAUACUUACUAAGAACGAUAGUUCGUCCUUAGAAGAGGACUGCAUUUGUACGACUACUAAGCCUCGCGACAGCUUUGAUGGUGGGAUUUUAUAGAAAGGCUCUGCCUUUCCACAUUUAUUUCGCCAAAAGAAAGUCUAGCCUAUUGAAAUUAUUUUGUUGUUUCUACCAAACUCAAUUUUGAAAUAAUUUUCUCACGAUGGCAGAAGUCCUCGGUGAUAUUGCCAGUGGUAUCAGUAUCGUACAGCUCGCUGGGAACCUCGCGUAUGGUAUUAUCGAGCUUAAAAAUUGUUGGGACCAAAUCGAGGACGCACCGGAUAAUAUAGCCUUUCUCAUGCGAGAGAUCGAAAGUCACCAGGUUAUUCUGCGUAGUAUUCUCGAAACUCAAGCAAGAGUUACGUAUCCAAAUCAAGCUACCGGAGGCUCUUUUGAACACAGCAUAAAACUAUGCCAAAAUGCUUGUGGGGAGUUAGAUGAUCUUGUCACAGACCUGGCGAAAGAUGAAACUUUGAAUUAUUUAUUGUCAGUUCUAACAGGAAAUAGAGACAGAAAUUAGGAUCUACCAAAGUUUUAUUGAAAGCAGACGAAUUGAAAAGGUUGAAAAGGAGAAUGAAAAGCGCCUCCAGAUCCUAACAUCUAGCUAUCUCAUGGCAGACCAAGUAAGUUGCUUUGGAAAUGAUGAAUGGAGUACCAACAGGCCAAAGUACAGUUUUAUAGCAGCAAUCGUUAAAUUUCACAUCCACUGUAAAAGCCUCCUUCAAUCAUUGGUUGGCGCAUUUUCAAGCUCAUAUUUUCUCCUCACGAGUACCCCAGCCCACCUCUAAAGCAUCUAUGAACAGCGAAGCUUUACCGCACAUGUUUACGGCCGCCACAAAGCUGAGAGCCAAUAUUCCGGUCAUGGAUGGUAUGUUGAAACAUGAUUCCAUUCAGUGUGACUCUUCUAGUUGGGUCAAAUAUCUAUUUGGAUCAUUUCAAAAUCGAAAGCGGAAACAGAAAAGCCAUACAGGAAAAUUUCGGAAGUUCGAAGCUGCAUAUCGCCCUCCGGCGUAGAUUCUCACCAGUGCAUGGAGAUGUUUUGAAGUGCAUCUCCAGGUAGAUCUUGAGAUGGACGGGAUAGGGCUUCAAAAUUUCGCUUUGAUAUUUCUUUGACACAUGGAUUGCUGAAGUUGAUGUCAUAUCAUACUGUUUGGAUCUAUGUUUGAUAGGCG